GUCAAUGUUAGCGCUUCCUUCAGUGCACGUUCAGAGAAGAGCGCGCGCGCAUCCUGCGUGAGCGGUGCAGUACCCGCCCUCGACCGUAAUGUUAAUAUUGUUCCGACGGUAUUGAACGGGCUUUGGACGUUUUCGAACACGAGCAAAAAAAAAUUUUGAAUUUUUUUUGGAGGACUUAGUGACUUUCAAAUUUACAUGAGCAAGUGAUUUCGAUUGAUCGCACUGAUUUAUCUACCCUGACGUUUCACCGGGCGAUCGAUCACGCAGCGAACCGAUAUAUGUUGGCGACAUCGUUCGAUAAUCGAAGCGACGGACGUCCCUGCUGCGUGACUUUUUUUUCUCUCGUCUUCUUCUUAUUCAAUAAUUUAUUUAUCCUCAUUAAGUGUGAUGGACGAGACCGGUCACAUUCUUAAAGAUUACUCAUUUACGACGCGCUGAGGUUUUGAACUUUGGGCAGUGGGUGGGUGUUUCGGGACUAAUUGAUUUGCUUUGGACCAUAUUUUUCGUCAUCUAAGUUUGUGUGGUAGUGCUAUAAAGAUGGAGACCUUGGUUCUGAUACCCCAAGAGCUGAGUUUGGCGUUAAGGCCCGGUGGUGCGAGAGGUCGUGAGGCGUCUGUCAGCGUUUGGUCUUCGACUGAGAUCCAACGAGGAGCACUCCUCUACCCUUUCCAAGGCACGAUAAGGAUUGACAAACUCCAUGUCUACUCGUAUGUGCCAGAUCAUGACAUAAGACAUCGGUUUGGGCUAUUCGACGAAGUGUGCACCUCGGGCGGAGUACAAGUGAGACACUGCAAUUGGGUCAGGUUUCUUCGGGUUUCAGAAAAUUACGGACCCCAAGUAAAUUUAGUAUGUACGAAAGUCAAAGGCGAGCCAGUGUACGAGGCGGUGAAACCAGUGUCGGCACAUACGGAGCUGGUGGUCUACUACCUACCUGAGAGACCUGAAGAGAUGUUCUUUGUCAGAAUGAGGAAUAACCUGUACAGACAAACAAUGGACUCCAUUUUAGAAGAUACACCGUUAGAUCUGUCGACGUCACUACUGUCAAGAGUUUUGUUACCAAUUUCUCCACCAUCGGGUGCAGAGGAUGAACACAAAUCUGUAUCGGGGGAUUCUCUUACAUCAUCGUCUGCUGGUUCGUCAAGUGAAUUAUUAGAAAUGACCCCGAAAAUCCAAAGAAGACCAGCUAAGUCCGAAAGAGCUUUAUUACCUUGUGAAGUUUGUGGGAAGGCGUUCGACAGGCCAUCACUUCUCAAAAGACAUAUGAGGACUCACACUGGUGAAAAGCCUCAUGUGUGCAUGGUCUGCAAUAAAGGGUUUAGUACAUCAAGUAGCUUAAAUACCCACAGAAGAAUACAUUCCGGGGAAAAACCUCACCAGUGCCAACAUUGUGGGAAGCGGUUUACUGCCAGUUCCAAUCUGUACUAUCAUCGGAUGACACAUAUAAAGGAGAAACCUCACAAGUGCAGCCUUUGCUCCAAGUCGUUUCCAACUCCGGGUGACCUCAAGUCUCACAUGUACGUCCACAGUGGAUCAUGGCCCUACAAAUGUCACAUCUGCUCAAGAGGAUUCUCCAAACACACAAACUUGAAGAAUCACCUGUUUUUACAUACUGCGAAACAUCAGAAGAACAGCGCGAGAGAAGCUACGUGAACAAAAUGUCUGCGAUUUGUUUAUGACAAAAAGAAGUUACAUAUCUAUGUUUAAUGAUAUAAAAGUGUGAUACUAGUAAUAGUUAAUUUUAAGUAUUAAUUUAUUAUUUUAAAUAUUUCGUCAAGCUAAAUCUGGUUUUAAGUUUUGAUAUAGGUAUCUGUAUCAUCCCAUAAAAGACUUUAAAUUAGGGCGCAUUUUAGGGUUAGUCGCUUGAGAAGUAAAUGAACUAAUAAAAAAAGACUAAAAUUAGUGAGUUACGUAAAUGACAUUUAAAUAAAAUAAUAUUUCUUAAGAAAUUGCAUAUUGUUUUUUACAAAUAUUAUGAAGUGUAAUUUAAUUAACGCAGUGGUUGUGUUUGGUAUAAAAGUAGACUAUAAUUUGUAAAUAAAAAUGUAAAUAUUUUAGGUUUAAGAUCUACAUAGGUUUAUGUAGCUUGGAGUAUUUUUGAUAUACAUACAUUGAGUACGUAUAUUGUGAUUUCAUAUAACCGUCCAAAUGAUAUCUGUAUAUACGUAUAUUGCAACCGUCGACAUUUUACAAAUCAAUAAUUUAUGAAAAACUAUUUAUACUAAGAUAAGUUAUUCGAG